CGCGUGGCUAGCCGGGUGUUACUUACUAGUCGCUGAGCGCUCAGCUGUUCCGAUUCCGACGGUUCACCUAGGAAGCAUUUUUGUUCGUAAAAUUAGCAUCAAUUGUAUGAUCGGAUUUAAAUAACCGUUUACAUAGUAAUUAACAGUACCGUUGCCAUAACAAAGUGCCGUUGUUAUUGUGGUCGUCAGUUUUGUGUGUAACUCUAUAUUAUAAAAUAUGCUACUGACAGCAAGUGUAACCUUAAAGAAAGUACUGAAAUAUUUUUGACACUGAUUUCCACAAAAAGUUUUUCUGAAAAGUAUCGUCAGAAGAAAACUACUAGGAGUUUAGUAUGUCAGAACAAGACACGGAGCCGGUGGACGCUGCAGACGACGCAGAAGAAAUCGCCAGUGAUGGAAAAAGUCGUAAGGACAACGUGCAGGUUUGCGUACGGUGUCGUCCGCUUAGUGAGUCUGAAAUCGCAGCUAAUUAUCGAAACGUCAUCUCUGUGGAUCCCAUAGGAGGGACCGUGACAGUUGCCAGCCCGAGCGGAGGAUCAGAACCACCGAAGUGUUUUACCUUUGAUCUCGUGUUCGGACCCGACUCAAAGCAAGUUGACGUUUACAAUCGAGCCGCACGACCAAUAAUUGAUAAUGUCCUGCAAGGUUACAAUGGGACGAUUUUCGCAUACGGCCAAACCGGAACUGGGAAAACCUUUACAAUGGAAGGAAACCGCUCUGUGCCAGAACUCAAAGGCAUAAUCCCGAAUUCAUUUGCUCACAUCUUUGGAUAUAUUGCCAAGGCAGCUGAGCAGAUAAAAUUUCUUGUUCGAGUAUCGUACUUAGAAGUUUAUAAUGAGGAGGUUCGUGAUCUUUUGGGGAAAGAUCAAAGCUUACAGUUAGAAGUGAAGGAACGCCCCGAUAUUGGGGUGUACGUAAGGGACCUCUCUUCGUGUGUUGUGAAUAAUGCGGAUGAACUUGACAAAAUUAUGACGCUAGGAAACAAGAAUCGUGCCGUUGGAGCGACCAAUAUGAAUGCCCACAGCUCCCGAUCCCAUGCCAUAUUUUCCAUCACCAUAGAAUGCUCAGAACGAGAACAUGUCCGAAUGGGAAAAUUGCACCUUGUUGACCUUGCCGGCUCCGAGCGGCAAAGCAAAACAGGCGCGUCUGGUCAACGUUUGAAAGAGGCAUCUAAGAUUAAUUUGUCGUUGUCAACACUCGGAAAUGUUAUUUCGGCCCUUGUCGACGGUAAAUCCACUCACGUACCGUACCGAAACUCCAAGCUUACUCGUCUUCUGCAAGAUUCGCUUGGUGGAAACUCUAAAACGUUAAUGGUGGCCAAUGUAGGCCCUGCAAUGUACAAUUACGAGGAAACAAUCAGCACAUUGAGGUACGCCAAUCGCGCCAAGAAUAUUCAGAAUAAUGCUCGAAUCAAUGAAGAUCCCAAGGAUGCGCUACUCAAGAAAUUUCAAAAGGAAAUCGAGGACCUUAAACGCCGACUGGCGGAGGCUGAGGUCGAGGGAGAUAGUGGCGGUUCCGGAGGUGAAGAGGACAAAGGCGAGGACGGGGCGACGUCACAAGGCAACGCUCCGGGAAAUGCGCCGCAUAUAUCAAAGAGCCGAAGCAUCGAUCUGCAGGAGAAACUUGCCUACCUUCAGAAGCGAAUUAUCAUUGGCGGAGAAAAUCUGCUUGAUAAAGCCGAGGCUCAGGAGUUAUUGUUAGAAGAAAGUCAAAGAGAAUUAGAGGCUAGGAAACAAAUUGAGGAAGCGUUAAGAGAGGCACUAAGGAUCAAGCAGGCGGAACGACUGGAUAUUGAAGAACGGUAUUCAGACUUACGAGAAGAGGCUGCCGGAAAGACGCGUAAGCUUAAGAAGGUUUGGGGUCUGCUACAGCAAGCCAAAGCCGAAAUGACGGACAUGCGUCGAGAUCACGAACGCGAACUCGAAGGCUAUCUAGACAGCGUUCGGCAACUCAGCCAAGAACUCAAACUGAACAUGCUCAUCAUAGAUACGUUCAUACCGGAACAAUAUCAGCAAGCGAUUGAAAAUAACGCAACCUGGAACGAGGAUAUUGGUGAAUGGCAGUUGAAAUGUGUGGCGUACACAGCCAACAACCUCACGAAACUAGAACCUCCCCGGAGGGACCCCGAUGAAGCGUUAUACAACGGCGAAGAAAUAUUCUAUUCUUACAAAGCUAAAAUACGCAAAUAAUCGUAUUGUACGAAGCGCAUGUACAUGCAUAUAUGCGGUUAUAAUUACAUAAGUAACUUCAUUUCCAAUAGCAGACAGAUGACAGCAAUAGCACGCCAAGUGUCUAGCAGCGUUGAGACUUUGCUGGUAGUAAUACCUGACGGGUAACAACAAGCUGUUCUAUCAAAAACCACUUCCCUUUACCGUUACAAUGACAGAGAGCAUAAUAUGGUAAAACGGAUCAUAUAUGUACGAUAAGCCCGGUGUUGAAAUACCCAGAACUAAUCUCUAUUGAUGUUUAAAGGGGGACACAACUCGAAUCUACCCAUAAACUAAAGUUAACUAAGUAAUGAUUUCAUAGUUAGCCGCUAUUAAUAAUAAACUUAAACGCUUAAACAGAAUCUAUACUAAAUCUGUAAU